AUGCCGGUGAACAACCACGUCAAGAUAUCUCUCUACUGUCUACAAGCAGGGGGGGAAUCUCAUGCAAGUAACUGUCCGUACCCACGAACGAACGUGCUGGGCGGGCAAAGUUGGUAUGGCCAGCCGAUAACGACUUCUGACAGCGAGAACCUCGAAAGGCUUCUUUGGCACUAUACCGUAGUCUCGCCUACUUACAUACCCCACCACACGCUGCACACGCACGACAACGUCAGACCGCCAAAAAACCCGACCCCCUCGGUCACGAUCGGAAUAUCCUGA